GUGGAGAUGCUAGAGCGCAAGUACGGCGGCUCCAUCCGCUCUCGCCGUGCUGCACGUACCAUCCAGCGAGCCUUCCGCCAGUACUGCAUGAACAAGAACUUCCAGAAGUUACGACACUCCUGCGGGGAACGCCGACUCUCAAAGCGACUAUCGGAACUGGGCCGGAGCAACACUGUGUGGACAGACCGCCUGUCUCAGGACCUGACCACCGACGACAACGGCAAUCUCAGCAGCCUCAGCCACUCCAAUGAGGAAGAGGCGACGUUCGGGCGAAACAUCCGCAACAUGGUGGCCGACUUUGAGAACGCACGCGGCGUUGUUUUGGAUAGUAGCAGCAGACUCCACGCCCACCACUCCCAUCCCCACCAGCUUUACGGACAGGCGCCGCCUGUGAACUUUGACUCCGUGACCCCAGGGAUUGAGAAACAAAGGCGCGCUUCCAGCGGGUCAUCGUGUACUUCUGUUUCUUCUUCCUCCUCCCUCGUGUCUGGCCAGCAGCGCGCUGGAGAGAACAUUAACAGCUACAAGAAAAGGUUGGAGAGGCAUCCGAAUAUCGUAGACGCCUCUACUGCGGCAUCUUAUUACGGCAAAGAGCCGGCGUCCGGAGUCCCCCCGCAUCACCGCGGGCAGUUGAGCCGGAACGCCUUCAGCAGUCCAGGAUUUAAUCUGGAGAGCACGGGAGCUAGUUACGGUCGGCAUAAGAGCGGCCCUGCGAUGCCCGUGAUGAAAUCAUCCAGUGUGGGGAGUAAUUCUUCGGGUGGAUAUCCAGACCCGAACAGUAACGCGGGAUCGCCGUACACCGAACUCGGCUCUGGAGCCGGACAGGGCGAUUUCAUGCGAACGGUGGGGCCCGAGAGCGCGGCCGUGGACCCGCACAGUUUGGACUUUGAGACUCUGCUGGAGAGUAAAGAGACAGACAUUCUCACCGGCAGUUUUCACAGCGACGGCAGCAGUACUACACAAGAGAUAUCAGGCAGCGGCGGCAAUUCUCAUGCCGGCGGCAGCGGCAUGAUCACGCGGCCCUCGACCUCUUCCUUAGGCAGUGGGGAUUACAACCCGGCCUCCGAUCUCUCACGUCUCUCCUCCUCCCCAGCGGGGUCGUUUGACAGCUUCAGGACGUUGUCACACGAUCCUAGCGACUACAUGACGUCAGGAGUAGGGGGCGGAGUCAGCGGCGUCGAGGUGACGGUUGACCCCGCCUCCCCUGACGACCCGAUGUACAGCAAAGAACAGAUGGCCGCGGCCGUGCAGGCUCAGAUGAAGUACUACAUGGCCAACUCCCAAGUCAAACACCGCAGCAACCGCGACGCCAACAUCUCCUCCCCCUCCUCGUUGGGGGCCGGGCCUCCAGCCCCGCCCCCAAGCAACGUAGCUAUCGUCCCGCCUACCCGCGCCGCCAACAACACGGACACGUCCCCAAUCUGGAAGCGGAAAGGCGACGCCCCGGACGCUCGACCCUCACUUGUCGUCGCCAACGGCGGGAGCUCCACUUCCUUGGACCGUAAAGGGGAAGUAAAACGCAUGAGCAACAUCUCGGAGACGAGCGAGCCGGACAGCGUUGAGGGCGGCGUGAGCUCCAGCGGGCUCAGCUCGGAGAACGUGAGCACGGAGAACAUCAGCAUGGGCUCUCUGGGCUCGGAGACCUCGCUGAGCUACCAGCGCAAGCUGCGGAUGAGCAUGGCGCCGGACGCCCAGACCAUGCCCAGGACCAACGACAAGCAGAAGAAGCGAUUGUACCGGAUCGGGCUGAACUUGUUCAACAAGAAACCGGAGCGCGGCCUGGACUUUCUCCUGGACAACCUGUUCCUCGAGGGGUCCGCCCACAGCGUGGCUCGCUUCUUCACCACCCGGAAGGGACUCAGCAAACAGAUGAUCGGCGAGUUCUUGGGCAACCUGCAGAACCCUUUCAACCAGGAGGUGCUUCAGAAUCGAUGACAGUGAAGACAUUGACCGUGACCUUCUCAGCGGCAUCUACGAGCGGGUGAAAAGCCAAGAGUUCAAGGCCGGGGUGGACCAGGUCACACAGGUUAUGAAAGUCGAGCAGACGAUCAUUGGGAAGAAACCGACGCUGAGUUUGCCACACCGGCGCCUCGUGUGCUACUGCCGCCUGUACGAGGUGCACGACCCCAGCAAGAAAGAGAAGAUUGGCCUACAUCAGAGAGAGGUCUUCCUCUUCAACGAUCUCCUCUUGGUGACCAAGAUCUUCAGCAAGAAAAAGACCGGCAUCACCUACUCCUUCCGGAACUCCCUCUCCCUCUAUGGGAUGCAAGUCUACCUCUUUGAAACGUCACAUUACCAGUAUGGUAUCCAGUUGACCAACAACAUAGACGGCAAACCGCUCAUCACGUUCAACGCCCGCAACGACCAUGACAGGCAGAAGUUCGUGGAGGAUCUCAAGGAGUCCAUCCUAGAGACCAACGGCAUGGAGCAGCUGCGAAUCGAGGAGGAGAUGGCUCGCCACCGGACCACUCACAACACCAUGGACAAGCGCUACGCCUGUGACGACUCCCGAGUGCUCGCGUACGACUUGGCCAAGGCCUCGGAGAACCCGCACAACCGCCUGUCCGCCCCUGAGUAUAACAUGAAGAAGCUGCCCCUGUCUAACUCUCUCACUGACCUCACCACAGUGGGUCAGUGUAUUCCGGCAGGCGAGUGCGUGCCGUCUCUGACCCCUAUCCUCCUCCUCCUGGGCACGUGUUGCCCCCAGCUGCUCCCCUCCACCCGCCUGUGUAGACACACCGCCCCCUCCAUCCUCUUCUUCACCUCUCAGCCUUCGGUCGACGAUCCGGUGAUGAAGCGGGGCAGCAGUGGAGCAUCUCUGGACAGUGGGAUGGCGUCUGGUAGCGUGGGCAGCACCAGCAGUGACACCCACCCCAGCACCGUGUUCACCCCGAGCCCCACGGCCCAACCCUCUGGCCGCUUGGCCCCCGCCCCCAUGAGCCAUCUAGGCGUGGCCGGAGGGAAGAGACAGCAGCCGCCGCCCCGAGGCCCCAUCAUGUUCCGACAGAGCAUUCCUGACGGCACAGAAGUCUAGCAUGAACGACAUUGAAACUCAUCGUACGUCCACGAAUUCCAUCAGGAAUUUGCGAGUGACUUUGAAGUCAUAACAUUUAAGGAAGAAGAAGUCAUAACAUUUGCGGAGGACUUUAGUUUGUACAGAGUGACUUCCUCCCGAUGAUUUCAGAGUCCUGACAUUUGUUGUCAUGCUGUGUUGUGUCAGGUCAGGGCAUUCAUUCCCAACUGUCACUGAAUUUUCAUACUUGUACUUUAUGAUGUUCAAACAGGACAUCCUCAACUGGUACUGAAAUUUAACAUUUGUGCACGGUCUUGUUCUAGGAGGCUUUGUAGUUAUAUCUGGCACUGGAUUUCCAUAAUUUGUGCGCUGGACAUUUUUUGGGGUGAUUUUUUCACUUGAUCAAAGAGUCAGGGAAGUGAUAAUGUUUGUUGUUUUCUUAUUUCAUGGAUACAUCAACAUAAGACCAACACCUACGUAUAUACAAUGCUACCUUUCACCUAACGUCCUUGGACUACAUUUAAUGGAUUAUUCUCAAAAGAGAGUGAUAUUCUGUUUUUCAAGCUCUGGUUGCGAAGUCGGGGAACACUCAGCCGUACUUCUGGCCUAUCAUAGCUCAUGUGACCCUUGGUAUAUGGUACCCCUCUCAAGUUCACACAAGAUCCCCAAUGUGGUGAUGCAGUUGAUUCAAAACUCGACCAAAGAGAGAAGAAGAAGUUCCUUGUUUUACUCGCCUCGUCAUUCUGGUGGGGGAGCAAGGAUUCCUUCCCCUUGGUCGUAGAGAGGCUUUGAGUUCAGCAUCUUUUACAGCAGCCAAGCUCUCUCACCCUGCUUGCUUACGUCACGGAGAUGUGGUUCAACAAACUCACGGAUUUUCCCUGCAAAUCUAACAGUUGUCUGACAACAAAAACAUUUGACUGCACCGCUCCGAAGUCUGCUUGCCACAUCAACAAGCUUUUACACCUUAUAUUAAUUAUUAUUAUUUUUAUUAUUAUUAUGCACUCACACACACAAAGGGCUCAAGGACUAUUUUUCUGCCUAUGGGACCAGUGACAUCUAAUAUAGUUUCCCCUUCUUCACAAUGGUAAAAAUAAUAGUACGAUACAUUUCUGGUCAAUUGUACUAAUAUGUACUGUACAUUUUUGAUCAAUUGUACUAAUUUGUACAGUGGUACAUUUCUGAUCAAGUGUAGGUACUAAUUUGUACAGUGGUACAUUUUUGAUCAAUUGUACUAAUAUGUACAGUGGUACAUUUUUGAUCAAUUGUACUAAUAUGUACAGUAGUACAUUUCUGAUCAAGUGUACUAAUAUGUACAGUGCAUUUCUGAUCAAGUGUACUAAUUUGUACAGUGGUACAUUUCUGAUCAAGUGUACUAACUUGAACAGUGGUACAUUUCUGAUCAAGUGUACUGAUUUGUACAGUAGUACAUUUCUGAUCUAGAGUGUUUGACAAGAUCAUACAUAUUUCACUGUAGCAGCGCCGCCACGUGGAUGUGUGUAGGUGUGUCUUCUCAAACAUGUGUGUGUUUGUGUGUGUGCACUGUAUUUCCAUACUGAGAGCCUGACUAGUGGAAACUGUGCUUGAUGUGAUCCUCCAUACUAUCUGCACACACUGUGUGUUGUUAUCGGCACUGGUUGUGCACAGUGUGUACCACGGUGUCUACGCGCCAUGCCUGUUCACGUGUCUACACGCCCGUGUUGCGGUGUUACACACAGCGUGUACCACAGACAGUCGUGGUUAGUCAGUGUACGUGCGCGUGCCAUACAAAAAGAUGCAAUGAUUUGUACAGUGCAUGUACAGGAGUUGUUUUGCUGUAUUCAUCAUACCAUUAUUUUGGGGGAAUUUUUAUAUGUGUUUGGUGGAUUGCGGGGGCAUACUUGUAUGGUUAUAAUGUUUGGGAAUGAGACAUGAAGAAAUAAGUCGUGUGUUAUAUUUAAACUAUAGAAUGACAGAAAGUGUCCCUAUAUGAGUAGGGUAUGAAUGAACAAAAUAUUUGUUGGUGUAUAGUGUGUGAGAGAGAGAGAGAGAGAGAGAGAGAGAGAGAGAGAGAGAGAGAGAGAGAGAUAGAGAGAGAGAGAGAGAGAGAGAAAGAAAGAGAGAGAGAGAGAGAGUGGUUGUUGAGUAUGGAUGACAAGAGGUUUGUUUGUCAGCCGAGUGUAUUUUGGAGGGUUUCUUUUUACCAUGAACUGUACCAAAUGUUGUUGUAGUGUACCAAAGUAUGUUGUAAGAGUUUUGUACAGCUUUGUCCUCAUGUUGGUCACAGAGUCUGUUCUUGUUGUAUUUCUUGUGUAUUGAAUAUUGUGUGUAUACGUUAAAUAUACAGGUAAAAAUGUUAUACUUAGAGUCUUAUGUUGGGGUUGAAGUCAGCCUUUUCUCUGCUGUCAGAAAUAAGUUCUCAAAAAACUUCAGUUUCUGUGUGAGGAAGACGAGAGACACUGUUCAAUGGGGAAAGACAGUUGCUCUGGGUUUUUUGUUGUUGUUUUUCUCCCUUGAAAGCACAGUUCCAGAUGCAGUAAAGCUCAAACAUAAUUGGAAAAAAGGCUCCAUGAAGAGUAAUUUACUUUUCUAAAAAUGUCAAACUUUUUGUACUCAGAAAUCUUCAGAUUGUGUCUCUAUCAAAGCUCAUAAAUGUCGUGAAUAAUAUUCUGGACUGUCUGUUUUUUUCCAGAUUGUGCUUCUGUUGUUUCAGAAGUUGCUGGGAACCUUUUUGAGAACAUAAUAAAACUUUCCUUGAAGUUGAAGGACAAUAUUUGUCCGGAGGUAUGA